UCGUACCCAGAGCCCGCGUUCCUUUUGGAAGGAAGCUUAGGGCUCUGGCAUAAUCCAUUUUAUUCUCCACAAAUCGUGGGGAAAAUAGCAAGUGCGCAUGUGCAACGUAUUUCAAUAUGGAGGACAUGAGUAAAUUUCACAGUUCAAUCGACAACGCGUUAUCAAAACUUGGUAAAGCCGAAAUAUCACUAAAAGAAGCACAAUACGAAGCUUUAAAAGCCAUAGUCAUCAACAGAAAUGACUCAUUAGUAAUAUUGCCAACUGGUUACGGAAAGUCACUGAUUUAUCAAACCCUGCCAUUCAUAUUCGACUAUUUAGAUCCCUCGCCAUCAUUGCCUGCUAUCAUUAUUGUUGUUUCGCCAUUAAAUGCACUCAUGCAAGAACAAGUGGAAAAGCUAAGUGAGAGAGUGAAUACGAUUGUUCUGCAGGCGAACGAUAAUAUUAAAGAAAUACAUGCCAAUUGCCAAAUAGUGUUCGCUCAUCCAGAAGUAUUUGUUUGUGGGUACUUUCGUUCGUUUGCUGCUGCCAUGAAAAAGAGAGUUAAAGCGAUUGUCAUUGAUGAAGCCCAUCUUGUUGUGGAAUGGAAAUCCUUUCGCCCAGCAUACACCAAAGUCUCAAUAUUGUCGAGCUAUUUCCCACAUGCAUCAGUUGUAGCACUGACUGCCACUGCUACUUUAAGCAUGCAAAAGGAAAUAAAGGAGUGCCUUGGAAUGUCUCAGCCAGCUGUUAUCACCGUAAAUCCAGAUCGCCCCAACAUUAUUUUGCCUCAUUUUCUAGACCAAGCAGAGGCAGUGAUAAAUUGCUUGAGAUCCUUGAACCACUUGCUCAAGAACUUCAAACCAAGAGACAUGACUUCCCAUUAA